GCCAUGUAAUUUCUUUACAGUUUCCUCAAACACAAAUUUCACCAUAAAAAACUCUUACUUUAUUGACCUGACCUCUCUUAAAGUUAAAUAGCAAAGGAAGUAAGAGAACUUGAGUAUAAAAUCCCAAAGUUUCAUUAUUGAUUUCUCUGGUCACAAAUGGCAAAACUUAGAGUUACCAUCACCGGGGAUGGCUCAAGCAAGGUGGUGAAGAUGGGAGAUGAUGCCAUGGGUGGCCAUAGAAGAAUGAAUGGAAACAAAAGAUUCUUACAAGACAAACCCUGGAGAAAUGUUGGUAACAGAAGGCAUCAAAUCAAUGGUGUCCAGUGGAGAUCUAAUGGCUUUAAAGGACAAGGUUCUCGGAUUGCUGGAAAAGACCUCCGAUUUAAACUGAUGCGCAAACGUGGACCUUUUCAGUUUCGGGAUACUUUUGAAGAUCAUAGAAGGAACAUGGAAAAACCGUCAAAUCAUAUUCAGCCACCACAAAAUCGUAACAAGCAUAUGUCUGAAACAGGACCUAACAGAAUAAACAAUCUGAAUCAAGUCUCUCACAAUAGCAUUACGGAAGUUUUGCAAAUAUAUUCCUUGCAAACUAUAGAUGGAUCUAGAGGUUUUCCCGAGAUGCCGAAAAUAAUACCGACUUCACUUCCAAGGAAUGAACUGUUUCCAAGCAAUGGAAUUUUCAAUCCUUCAAGGGAGUCCGGUCUGAUGCCUGGUAGAGGAAAAGCUAUAACUUCAAUGCCAAUCACUCAUGCAGCACCAAUGAGCAGCAUAAUGCAGAGAAAGCCACGUGUUGAUGAGGAACCUUUCACUGUUGUUACCUUGUUGAACUCACUCGGUUUGGGAAAAUAUGCCAUUCAUUUUACAGCUGAAGAAGUGGAUAUAACUGCAUUAAGGCAAAUGGGAGACAGAGACCUCAAAGAGCUGGGGAUACCAAUGGGACCAAGAAAGAAACUUUUGCUUGCUCUUAGGCCCCAUUCAAGGCGGCAUCUUCCACACAUCAUUAGACUUUAACUUGCUGUUUAAACUGAUGGGAGCUCUUAAAUAUAUUUUAAGUUAGAGAAUUUUAGAUUAUAAAGCUAAGGAUGGGUUUGGAUGGGCGAUUGAGUGCGGUGCGGUGCGUUUAAUUUACUUUUUGUCUCACGCUACAGUAUCGCUACAGUCUUACCGCUACCGUUAUUUUUACACUAAACGCAGGUAAACGCACCGUCCAUCCAAACUCACCUUAAUAGGUUAUAUUUUCAUUUGAAAGAUUAUAGUGGAUAAAUUUCUUCUUGGGCUGGCAAA